CUCUUUUACGUCAGGAAGGGAAGCCAGUGUAUUUCCUCCCCUUCUUUAUCUAAAGGAAGUGCCAAAAUAAGCAUCGGCAGCCCAGCGCCCAGGCUCGGACACCUUCCACACCGGCCACUCAGCUCCAGUCUGUGGGAGACGUUCGAGGCGUUCGAGUCACCAUGAAGUCCAUCAGGGUUCCUGUGCUGCUCCUGCUAGCAUCCGUCCACGUCUUCGCCCAAGAUUCACCAGAUGAAUCAGUUCUCCCAAGUAAACAACCAACAAGACAACCAUCAACUCCAAUUGCACAAACAGCAGCCCCGACAGCUACCCAGAACGUACCUUCACCAGCAACAGCAACAGUCAAAAAUGAUACAGUUGCUUCUCCGAAUCCUGACACCCCAACCCCUGACAACAAAACAUCUCCACUUCCAAGCCUGACGGAGAAGCCAGGUACAGGUACAGCGGGACCUGCAGACCAGCAGCGCUUCACCACCGUACCCUCAGCUGUCACCCAGUCGGCCAUCAGCGUUUCAUUAGUUCCAGACAGUGUCUCUUUGGACCCACGAGGUUCUCGGCCUUUGAGCAACAGCUCUGAGACGGUGAACGAGUCCAAUGGGACUCGAGGAACUGACGACAGCACUCUAAAACCCAAACCAGAUGCACCCACUGGUGCCUCAGGUACAGGUACAGGACGACGUCUCACCGUUACACCUCCAGCAGCGACACAAAAAACCCAGAAAGGCGGUGCUGGUACCACGAUGAGCAGCGGUGAGAAAACAUCAGCCAAAGCAGACAAAAGGCUGUGGCUGAUUGUGUUGCCCGUCCUCCUGGUUGCAGCCGCUGCCAUCAUCUUCCUCAAAUUCAAAUGCAAGAAAGUCCACGAUCACACAGAAACCAUCGACACUGGAACCGAGAACGCAUCUUUCCAGAGCCGACCAGAAAGCACCAAAGAUGGCGUCAUGCUCCUGGGAGUGAGGUCAUCAGGCGGAGAGGAAAAUGCUGCUGCGAGAUAAAAACGAAGAGCAUGAAGAUCGGCGAGUUGAUGAAGAACGCUAGGUGUUUUUUUUAUUAAUAUUUUUGGUCUAGUGAAUUAUUUUUGAAGCAGAAGAGGGCUUUCUCGCUACUGAAAGCAGUUUCAUUAAGUAGGGUGUCUGACUGUGAUCAUAAAUCUUGGACUCAGAGGACUGCAGAGCUCUGAGUUCGGCCUGAUGAGGGUUUAUCAUCUGUUCAGUCUGUUUCCAUGUUGGGCCAUAAGCCUGUGUUCUGUAUCGUGCACUGACCUCAGAUCCAUCACAUCAAUCACUGUUCACAGCUCUAUAAUCGUGUUGUGUUGUUGCUGUAAAUUGUCACCGUUUUUCAGUUUUUUAUUCAGUUUCACAAAAAAAAAAACCUUUAGAGGAUAUUUUCCGCCAAGUUUCUCUUUACGAUCUUGCCUCGCACAAAUAAUCCUCCCCGUUCACCAGCGAUGUCAAUAGAAUGUGCUGUAAAUGUUAAUUUUAAAUAUUUUUUUCAAUAAAUAUAACAUUCAGGCACAAGUAAGAGGUAAAGCGAAUGCAGAGGACUGUAUUUAAAGGAGCGCUUUGUGCUUUAUGGCUGGAGUUUGUUACUGUCAACCUCAAUUUCCUCAAUAAAUCACUAAAACAUGGA